GCAACUUGCCGGAGAACGCAUGUUUUUUGAAAUUCAUCCAACCCAGUAAUGUCUAUGAUUUGUUUGGAUGAUUUUGAGGCCUACGCUGAAUCUUUCCUACCUUCAGCAGUGUGGGAUUUCUAUGCUGGAGGUGCAGAUGACUGUGAAUCAAGAGACAGGAACCUGCUUGCCUUUAAAAGGAUCCGACUCCGCCCUCGAGUCUUAAGAGAUGUUUCAGCAGUAGAUAUGAGAACCACUAUUCAGGGCACUGGGAUCAGCUUUCCUGUAGGGAUUGCUCCAACUGGUAUUUCCAGUAUGGCCUGCCCUGAUGGGGAAGUAUGCAUUGCCAAAGCUGCCGAUGCCAUGAAGACAUGUUAUAUUGCCAGCACGUAUGCAACAUGCUCCCUGGAGGAUAUUGUAGCAGCCUCCUCCGGCUGCUGCUGGUUUCAGCUUUAUGUUUUCAAGAGGUAUGAGGUUACUGAGAGGCUGCUGCAACGGGUCAAGAGCCUGGGGUACAAGGCUCUUGUGGUGACAGUUGAUGUGCCUUACAUCGGCAAGAGGAGAAAAGAUAUGUUGAACGACUUCAAGAUACCUGCCCAUUUAAAAUUGAAGAACUUUGAAAUAUUUAAGAAAGAUAAAGGUCGUAACAACAAUCUUCCUCUCUGCAACGAUGUUUUGAAUCCGGCAGUAACCUGGUCGGAUAUCCAAUGGCUACGCUCUCUAACUGAUCUCCCGAUCAUUCUGAAGGGCAUCCUGACAAAAGAGGAUGCUGAGCUUGCGGUAAGGCAUGGUGUCCAAGGAAUCAUUGUGUCCAAUCAUGGGGGAAGACAGCUUGAUGGUGUUUCGGCAACAAUCGAAGUGCUGCCAGAGAUUGUCGAAGCUGUGAGGAACUGUAUUGAAGUCUAUGUGGAUGGUGGAAUUCGAAGAGGAACUGAUGUCCUGAAAGCUUUAGCAGUUGGUGCGAAGUGUGUUUUCAUCGGCCGUCCAGCGAUUUGGGGAUUAACCUACAAAGGUGAAGAAGGAGUGAAACGUGUGCUUCAAAUUUUAAAAAGUGAGCUUCAUACAGCAUUGGCUUUAUCUGGAUGCAAAACUCUGUCUGAGAUUGACAGGACACUGGUGAAAUUUGCAAAGCUGUAAGAAUGGAUCAGUAUCAAUGAUUUAGAAAUACAAUUUCAAAAAUGAAUACGUUCCAUGGUUUGCACAAAAAGAUUAGCUGCAGAGAUUAAGAUCUUUCACUAAUUAAAAGCAUAUCGUCCUUGUUUAUUCUUUUUGCUCUGUUAAAUGCUUAGCUGGUGUCAACACAUAUGUAAACAGUGACUUUCUGUUAAAACCACAGGUCACUUGAAUUUUUGUUUGCACACUAUGGUGCUCAUAUUAUCCUUAUAACUAGAUCAUUUUGUUCUUUAAUUUCAGGACAGUUGGGGAUGAAAGAUGGACAGGAUAGGGGGACAGUAGGAAUUUAGGGUAGAAUCUUGAUGCACCAUAUUUCUGACCUAUUUAUGAUAGUGACCUGGGAAAAGGGUAGGUUGGCUGCCCUCCCCAUUAUCCACUCUGAUUAUGUACAUGAUAAAAGAUCAUUUUACUUAUACUGCCAGAAGAAAACUUUUUAUCCUGAACCUCAUUGUCAAAACAUCCCCACAAUUCCAAUGUCAGCUUGAGUAUAACUGACAGACUCAAUCCAACCUAUGUUUAUACCAACACGAAAUUAUCUUUAUAUAGCAGCUUUAAGGUAACACAAUACUCCAAGAUAAUUCAUAGAAGCUUCAGAAAACAAAAUCAAACAGGAAGUCGUGAAGGACAUACAAACAUGAGACCAUGUGAACAAGGAGCAGCGGUAGGCCAUUUAGUUCCUUGAGACUGUUUUGCUAUUCUACAAGAACAUGGCUGAUCAGAUUGUAACCACAAAUCCAUUGUCCUACCUACCCUCUCCAUCAUUUACCAAAAAUCUAUCCAUCUUUGAAUUUAAAAUGUUGAAAGACUCUGCAUCCACCACCUUCUCACAGAAAGAGUUCCAAAGAUUCAUGACCCUCUGUGAGAAAUAUUUUUUCCUCAAUGCGGCUUCAGUGGAUGAUGCCUUAUUUUUAAACAGUGGCCAUUAUUUCUAAAUUCUCCUAUUACAGCAAACAUCAAUUCCACAUCUAUCUUAUCAAGAUCCUUCAGAAUCUUCUGUUUCAAUCAAGUUGCCUCUUACUCUUCUAAGCUCCAGUAGACACAAACCUAGCCUUUCCCACCUUUCCUCAUAAGACAACCCUUAAAGAGAAAAAAGCAAGUUAUGUGGAAAUUGCAGAGAGGGAAUUCCAAGGCUUGCAGUCAAGAUAGCCGAACAUGCGACGAUGAUAAUGAACCAGUUAAAACUGAGAAUGCUCAAGAGGCCAGAACUGAAGGAGGCACAGUCAUUCUGGAAGGUUGUGGGGCUGGAGGAGACUACAAAGAAGAGUGACACAUUGGCAGGAUUUAAUAAUAAGGAUGAGAAUUUUAACAUCAAGUCAUCAAUUGACUGGAAACCAAUGUAGAUGAAUCAGUACAGGGAUGAAAAAGGGAACGGAGCUUGCUUCAAGUUAAGAAAUGGGCAGAAUUUGUUGACAUCAUGCCUACAAAUGGUAGAAUGUGAGAUCAGGAAGGACUGUGUUGGAUUCAUUUACUCUAGUAGUUACAAAAUAAUUAUCUAAAGGUUUGAACAGUUGAACAGCUAUAGUAAGGAAAUGUCAGGUAAUUUUAUAGAGGUUGCAAGUUGGAAAAUUAGUGAAAUUUGUGCAGGAGCUCAAGGCAUCUGUACAGGCCUGACAUUUCCUUGGUACCAAUUCAUUUUUUGUUGUGAGUCUGUACUCUGAAAUGGGGAAAGAAAAAUAAACAACACAAAGCAACAAACUUAUAUGGUGAGGGGCAAAAAUCCAAAGCUAUUGCACAGAGAUAAAGGGAAAAAUAGAUAAUGAAUCUCAAAGAUUUUGAGUAAGGUGAUCAUUUACCUUGUCAAAGAAAUGGGUGUUAAGAGCAGCUGGAGAGGCAGAGUAAUUCAGGCAAAUUUGGAAACACGAUUAAGCCCAAGGCAAACAUUACAGACUUUAAUGAUGGAUACAAGCAGCGUAAGAGACCAGUGCCACUGGAACAGAAUGAUCGAGCUGAUUAUAAGCAGUGGAGAAAAUUACAGAGGGUGAGAGAUAUGUGGCCUUUGAGAAUUAAAAAAAACACAAAACUAAGCAGGUCGCGUAAGACCAACACUACAAAACAAAGAACUGUGGAAUUGGCAUCUCUAUCCCACAAGAUGGUGCUGUGUAACUUUCAAUUCUAGUUUGAUAAUGCCCACCUUCCUGAGCUGUCAUUGUAAAAAGGGGGGAUGCUGGGAAACUGCUUAUCCUGUUUAUGUUAAAAAAAAUGUAUCGGCAUUCAUGUUUUACAUUUGGUUGAAAGCUACUCUCAUGACUGUUAGCCAAUAGCAGAAAUUAAUUAUUUUACAGCUAAUACAUAAAGUUGUAGGAGCUGUUCUGAAUGCAUCAGCAAGAUUGUGUGUGAAAGAACGUUCAGCAUCAUCAACGUUUGGAGCCCUGUGUGAUCAGCUUGGUUUGCUAUAACAAACUUGGGCUUGAAUUUACUCUGCUGGUGGGUUUGAAGAUUGGUGGUGGAGCUAGAACAUAAAAUGCAGCAGCACAAAGGGAGAGAAAAGGUAACACUUAUAGUGGUCAUUCUGGAUCUCCAUUAUGUAGAAUACGAGAUGACUUGGACCAGAAUGCCUCUUUCGCACGUUUCAUAAGACUUUCCUUCUGUGAAGUGUCCUUCCCACCACUCCUUGCCCAUGUUUUACCUGAAAUUUUGCAGGAGCCUAGGGAGACCUAGACAUUCUUGAACUUUUAUUGCCCUUAAUUGGUCAAUUAAUGGCAACCUAAGGGCUUCAUCUCAACUCCAUCGAUCUCCAUAGGAUAGGAGGGACCAACAGCAUGGGGAAAAUCUGGCAAGUAUAGAUGCGUGGGUCCAUGUCAGGUAAAGGGUGGUGGAUCUCCUAUGUGAGUCCUCUAGACCCCUCAAAGGCACAGUUUCCACUUUGACCCUCUCUCUGGUCUCUUGAACCCUGCUCUCCACCAAUCCACCUCACCCCUACCACCACCACCUGCAUCUACUCCCUGUCUCUAUUCUCAAGAUAUAACCAGACUCCUUCAGUUGGUGGGACUGCCUGUAGUUCCAGCGGUAACCACCACUCCUGGCUCACAAUAGAGACUAGAGAGUUGUUAGCCAAUCCAGUGGACAGCAGAUAUCUAGGUGGGACUUUCUCCAGAGAAAUUGGUCUUAUAGCAAUUAAAGCUGCUCCCAGUGUUGCUGUUGGGCAGCUACUGGAAUUAGCGAACAGGGAAUCUGGUGCACUGUGUAAUUCCACCCUUUGUUACAGAGCUGGAUACAUCUACCCAAAAGUGUAAUACUUCUCUGAAGUCAAUCCUACAUGCCAUGGCUAACAAAAUUAAUUCCUUUGUCGACAUGCUCUAGCUGUUUGUUACUAAACUUGCAAUAUUACAUUACCCCAAAAUAAACACGCACUCAAUAAAGUCUUUAUCGUGAAUGAGAGGCAAGUAUUGAACCUUA